AUGACACUUCCUCUUUCUAACGAAAGUUGGCGCGAAAUUGACGUUGCAUCUCUGUUCACGAAGGAUGAUCACAUUAUACAAAGCUUAAAAAAUAGAGGUCCAGAUUGCACGCAUUUCAUUAAUAUCGAAGUUAACAAUACAAUAAGUCUAUACAUGUGCGGUACUGUGUUAUGGAUGCAAGGUGUUUUACUUACAAAGCAGCCUGUUGAGAAUGAUCACGGUGUUCUAUUAUUUAAUGGUGAUAUUUUUUACCAUAAAUGGUCUAUUAAUCAAAAUUUAAGUGACACACAAAUCUUGUUAGACAAGUUAAGUAAUUGUUCCUCUUCUCAAGAAAUUAUUUCAACUGUAAAAUCAUUUAAGGGCCCAUUUAGCUUAGUCUAUUAUGACAAGCAAAGACAAAUUCUAUAUUUUUCAAGAGACAGAAUUGGACGUAACUCCUUACUUUUCCAUAAAACUGAUAACUCUUACAUUAUUAGUAGUGUAUUGGGUAGAAAAUAUCCCUGCAUUGAAAUAUCAGCUGCCUACAUUUAUGAACUCGAAAUAUGUAAAAACCAGUUAACUUUGUAUUCUUGGAAGAACAGUAUUGACAUUACCAGUAUGUAUUCACUCAAUGAUUGGCUACAAAUAGCUCAAGAACAACAAUAUUUAACAGACGAUGAGCUUGUUGCUGACAUUGGAAAUGUUCAAGAUUUUAAUGUAACUGAUGAGGAAGAUAUUGUAAAAGAAAUAGAAGAUAUUACUAAGUGUGAGAAAAACAAAUUAAUAAUAAUGAAAAAAUUGUUAUUAAAUCGUAUAAUUUUAAAAACAGUUGAAGAUAUAUCAAAAUUAUUAGAAAAAAGUGUAAAAGUUCGAAUUGAAACACAACCACAAAGAUGUAAAAACUGCAUAAAUAAUGAUGAGUCAUGCAGUCACUGUACAACAGGAAUAUUAUUUUCCGGUGGUUUAGAUUGUACCGUUCUAGCACUAAUUGCAGAUAAAUAUGUACCAAAAGAUCAACCAAUUGACCUUAUAAAUGUUGCAUUUAAGAAUAACAAUAAUGACUCUUAUGAUGUGCCAGAUAGAAUAACUGGCAGGCAAUCAUUUCAAGAACUUAAAACAAUUUGUAGUUUAAGGAAAUGGAAUUUUCGGGAAGUAAAUAUACCCAGAGAAAAAUUAGAGAAAUAUCAAUGUUCAAUAAUUGGAGAUCUCGUGUAUCCAAGACGUACUGUAUUAGAUGAAAGUCUUGGAUCAGCUUUUUGGUUUGCUGCACUAGGAGAAGAUGAAUUAGAUGUAUCACCUUGUAGGGUACUGCUGCUAGGAUCUGGUGCUGAUGAAUUAUUUGGUGGUUACAUGAGACAUAGACAAGCAUUUAGACGUCGUGGUUGGGUUGGUUUAGCUCAAGAAUUGGAAAAGGAUUGGAAGAGAAUUUCAUAUAGAAAUCUUGCAAGAGAUAACAGGGUAAUAUGUGAUCAUGGCAGGCAGCCAAGGAUGCCAUAUUUGGAUGAAGACCAUAUUGAUUAUGUAUUAAAACUAAAACCAUGGCUUAAAUGCUUUCCGAGUGACAAGCUGGAAUGUGGAUUUGGUGACAAGUUGAUAUUAAGACUUGUAUCACUACAUCUAGGACUAACUAAAGUAGUAUCUCUUCCAAAACGAGCUCUGCAAUUUGGCUCAAGAAUUGCCAACAAAAAAGAAAAAGGAAGCGAUUUAUCUAAAACAUUUUUAUAAAUAAAUAAGGAUAUUAGAAA